AUGGCUCCUACUCGUGUUGCCGCAUGUCAUGUUGCGUCUCACUUUUUCUCUGCGCGAAAAUCCAUCGAGAAAGCUAUUUCGCUAGUUCACCGUGCUGCUGGAAAUGGAGCCAACUUGGUUGUCUUCCCUGAGACAUAUGUAUCGGCAUUUCCUCUCUGGAGCGCCCUGCGUGCGCCGACUGAGAACCACGACCAUUUCUGUCAAAUGGUCCAGGCGUCCAUAUACGCCGAUGGCGAAGAAGUUCAGAAACUCCAAGAAGCUGCGCGUGUCACAAGAACUGUCAUAAGCAUUGGCUUCUCCGAGAGGUCUCAUGCCAGUAUAGCCUGUCUCUACAACUCAAAUCUGAUAAUUGGCACUGAGGGUGAGAUCGCCGUGCAUCACCGGAAGCUGAUGCCGACAUUCUUUGAGAAGCUGACCUGGAGCCCUGGGGACGGCUACGGGCUACGCAUUGCUGAUACGCCUUAUGGUCGUAUUGGAGGUCUUAUAUGCGGCGAGAAUACCAACCCGCUGGCACGAUACUCGCUGAUGGCCCAGCAAGAACAGAUCCAUAUCUCAACCUGGCCAGCGAUCUGGCCAACUAGAAUUCCGAAAAUAUCCAAUACUGCUUCUGGCCCCAGCUCGCCAAACUAUGACAACAUUCUGGCAAACCGUCUUCGGGCUGCAGCUCACUGCUUCGAAGCAAAAUGUUUUGGAGUUAUGUGCAGCGGCUUUCUCAAUCAGGAGGCUAUUGACGCCAUUAUUGCAGGCUCUAGCUCUCCUCAAAUCAUUAAGAACGAACUUGAGAAUUCUCCUCAAGGAGUCACCAUGUUCCUGGACCCAACAGGAACGCCUCUUGCUGCAUUCAUCAUUGAAAAUGAUACGAAGGUUCAGACACAUACCGACUUUUUACAAAAGACCGAGGAUAUUCUCUACGCGGAUAUGGAACUGGAGCAGUGCAUUGAAGGAAAGCAGUAUCAUGAUGUUGUUGGAGGAUAUCAGAGACUGGAUGUUUUCCAACUGCAAGUCAACCGGUCUCGGAACGGCCCUGCCGUCUUCAUAGAGAGCCCCAGCACAGAGAGAUAG